UCAUGCAACUACGAAGCGCGGGUUAGCCUAACUCUGCCGGUCUGCCGCGACCCUUGCGGGCCCGCGCUCUGCGAGAGCACGAGUGGGUCGACCCAACAGAGAACUGAGAGAAGCAAUACGAGCAAGAAGCGGCUGAUAGAAGUGACAGUGCGGUGCAGGUGGAGGCUGGUGCUAGAGCAGUGGCUGCUGGAAACCUGCGGGCGGAAGACACCGUGUCAGCAGUGCAGGAAGAUGAAGCCACCAGUUUCGUCCUCAUCUGAUGCUAAUGCGUGUGCCCAAGACCAGUGCAAGGCUACAGACGGUCAGUGCAGCUUCACAGGUGAACCCAUCAGCACCUGUGUAAAGGCAGCUGACGGAGGGGAUGCCUCUCAAACUCAGCUGAAUGGACAGGCAGACACCAGCUGUGUAGGUGGUGCAGUGCAAGUUGACGUCGCUGAGCCUCGGCAGAAUGAACCCAUCAGCACCUGUGUGAAGGCAGCUGACGGAGGGGAUGCCUCUCAAACUCAGCUGAAUGGACAGGCAGACACCAGCUUUGUAGGUGGUGCUAUGCAAGUUGACGUCGCUGAGCCUCUGCAGAAUGAACCCAUCAGCACAGAUUCUCAAAAUGGUGCUGAACAACUUAGCACAAAUGAAACUCAUGUGAAUGGCAGACUGGACAUCGGUUCAAACGAUGAUGUGGAAGAAGCUGGUACGAGGGAACCUCAGCAGGGAAACGAAGUGGACGACAACCCUGAACAUGCUACAGGAGAGAUUCCCUGGGAUGACGAUGAAGAUUUAGACAAGCAGCUUGAAGAAGCCUACAGUGGUGGCAUAAUAGUGGACACCAAAGAUGAUGACAACUGUCCCCCUGAAGAUUGGGAGACUGAAAUAACCACACCUUUCUAUAUUGGUAACAACGAGGAGGAGGAAUUGCCCAAGAAAGCAUACCUGUUUGGAAAGAAAGUCUUUUGUCCUUCUGACCUCCAUCCUGCGACGACACGCCGACAGUGUCCGGAGUUUAAGGUUGUUGAAGGACAGUUUGACGAUGCUGACACGUGAAGUGUUCUGGUGGAAGCUUUUCCAUGUUUGCCACAAUUGGAUUUCCAAACAGCCCAUGCAAUGUUGUUUUGUGGGCAAGAAUUCAAAGAGAAUGAUCUGUCAAAGAACGCACACUGCUUAAGGUUGUGACUUUUUGGAUUUUAAUUAUAUUGCGUUGUGGCAGUUGCGAAGCAGUUUGUAAAUGUUUACAUCCUGAAAAAGUGGAUCGUGGCCUUUUUUGUUUAUUAUAAAUUUUAUUUGUUAUACCUUGAAGCGUCAUCAUGAGUAUUUGCAUUGUGGCAGUUGCGAAGCAGUUUGUAAAUGUUUACAUCUUGAAAAAGUGGAUCGUGGCCUCCUUUGAUUAAUAUAAAUUUUAUUUAUGUUAUACCCUGAAGUGUCAUCAUGAGUAUGGAUGCUUUUCUUUGUUUGUGGUUUUAGUGCAAAUGAAGUUUAUCUUUUCAGAG